UUUCUCUGAGCAUUUAACAGUAGUUGUCUCUAAGCUAUUGUCGUGAAGGUAUGAGCUUCAAUACAUAAAAUGAGGCAAUUCAAAUUUGUUACAUUAGCGUUGGCGAUUUUCGCAUUAGCAUUUGACUCUUUGGAAUGCGCGAAAAUACUCGCGGUUUUCCCCUUUACGGGCCCUUCCGAGUAUUUGGGCGUGCAACCGUUUUUGAAGGCUUUGGCGGCCCGCGGCCAUGAAAUCACUGCAGUAUCAGCAUUCCCACAAAAGACGCCAGUUAAAAAUUUUCGCGAUUUAACAUUAAAAGUUGAACACUCCAAUCAUGACGAGUUUGUCACCAGUUCAAUUGAUCAGAAGUCUGGGAGCAAAUUGACUGAACUGAGCUCUAUGAAAGAAUACGUAGUGGCGGGGACUUUGGCUGCAUUGGAAAGUGAAGAUUUCCAGCAACUACUACGCUCCAAUCAACAUUUCGAUCUCAUCAUUAUCGAAGUACUUUUUGAAGAUUCACUCUAUGCUUUGGGUCAUCACUUUAAGGCGCCCAUGAUUGGUGUUGGCACAUUUGGCACAGAUGUUGUAAUCGAUGAAUUGGUGGACAAUAUUUCACCGGUAGCGUACGUACCAGCGCCCAGUGGAAAAAAUUUAGAUCGUAUGAAUUUCUGGCAACGAUUGGAUAAUUUAUAUAGUUUUACAAUGGAGCUGAUGUACACUCAUUUAGUUAUGAUUCCGGAGCAACAACAAUUAUAUGAAAAAUAUUUUCCUAAUGCCACAUUGGAUCUAAGAGAAGCACGCAGAGAUUUCUCACUUUUGCUGUUGAAUGAACACUACUCCUACGGUUGCCCGCGUCCUUUUGUGCCGAACGCUAUCGAAGUGGCUGGUAUGCAUAUCAAUAAUGCGCGGAAUAAACUACCAGCUGACAUGGAAGCCUUCAUCAAAGCCUCUCCGAAUGGCGCAAUAUACUUCUCGCUGGGCUCAAAUGUGAAGAGCUCAUUUCUGCCCAAAGAAAAAUUGGCUGCCCUUAUGAAUGCAUUUGCCAAACUGCCUGUGAAUGUGUUGUGGAAAUUUGAGAAAACUGACUUGCCUGGCAAGCCAGAGAAUGUCUACAUCAACAAAUGGUUUCCACAAUCGGAUAUACUCGCACAUCCCAAUGUAAAACUCUUUGUCACACACGGUGGCAUGCAUAGUCUGAUAGAGGUGGUGCAUCAUGGCAAGCCCUUUGUGGGUAUGCCCGUCUUCUAUGAUCAGCACUUGAAUAUUGCACGUGCUGAAGCAAAAGGUUUGGGUGUGAAACUUAACUUCAGGGAUUUCACUAGCGAGGAGUUACGCAAUGCCAUUCUUGAGGUGUUGAACAAUCCAAAAUAUGCCGAGAAGGCAAAACAGAUCUCAGCGAGUUUUCACGAUCGUCCGAUGACACCGCUCGAUACGGCAAUCUAUUGGACAGAAUAUGUGUUGCGUCAUAAAGGAGCGCCGCAAAUGCGUGUGGCAGCGCGUCAUUUGAACUUCUUCCAAAGACACAGUCUGGAUACGAUGGCUGUGUUGUUCGGCGUUCCAUUGCUUGCAGUGAUAUUAAUUGCUUUGGGGAUUCUUAAAGUGCUAAGUGCGAUAUUAAAUAUUAAUAGUGGCGCGCUGGGUAAGAAGCCGAAGAAAGAAUAGUUUAAUUUGUGAACGGGAGUUUGGAACUUUUCGGAAAAUUUUAAAUUAAAUAACUGGAAGAGACGUUAUGUUUAUACCUAAGUAUCAAAUACUUUUAAGUUGAAGUAGAAUUAUGAUGUGUAUAAGAAAGUCGUACAAAAUCAAACAGAAAAGAUCAAAUUAAAGAUAUUUUGUGUGUCAGAAAACUGUCCACUUAUUUCAAAAGUAUUUUUAUGCUAUUCCAACCAGUCGUUGUUCAGACGGCAACAAAGUAGCGUGAGCGGUGGAUGCGUGGAUUUUUUUUUAUAUCAUCAUCAGUUUUGUCGUAAACAAACCCACGUCACUUGUGACGUCAGCAAACCAGCUCUCUCCUUCAAAAUCACUGAGAGCCUGAUGUGAGCCACACCAUCUGAAUUCUCUUCAAUAUGCGUGUAACAACUAACUCCUUCUUCACAAAUUGUAUACCAGCUGGAGCACAACAGAUCUGCAAGUCUUUAAGGCAUGCGUAACCUACCUUAACAAAAAGAAAGAAGGUACAUACACCAUAAGGUAAAUUUGUACUUUUGAACUUUUUACUAAAAUGAGUAGCGAAAACAUCAAAAGUACUGAUAAAGAAAAACUAAAUAAAUAUGUGAAACUAAAUGUCUAGGCCAUAUUUCAAUAGCAGAUAAGAUGUAAUUACUUACCAGAUCUGGUUGCUUUGUUGAUGUGAUUAGAAUUAAAAUAAGCAACAAAUAGAAUGCAAUGUUGUUAGUGUUUAUUAUUAUUGUGAUAUGCGAUUAUGGGUAUACAGAUAAUAUUUGUUUUUAUGCACGCGAGUAAAACAAUUUGCACCUACAUAUACAAAUCUGUACAAGGAGUACCUGCGUAUGUAUGUAUGUAUUAUAAAGCAGCCAAUAAAUUUUUUAAAAAGUAAGUAAUUGGUAGUAGAGGAAAUAGUAGAGGCACUUAAGUUUCAUGCGGUAUUCUUAUUAUUAUUUCGUGCUGAUAAUGGAACCAUUAAUAAAUUUAAUUAAUAAUAGUAAUUUUACGAGCUCCGA